CGGAACGUGAACGCUGCUCUGGAGGAGGGAGUGCGCAUGCUCGCAGCCUGAGUAAAAAUAAUAGUGUAGUGUAGCUUAGAUAUGAGCUUAUUUACAGGUUAGCCGUCAGUAAGCUUCGCCUCUGUGUGUGUCCGCCUGUGUGUGCGUCCUGUCGGGCCGUGUACGUCGGGACGAGCCGGGGAGCACCGUCCAUGAGCCGCAGACACAACUUCCAGCUCGUGUAGAAGAGUCGGCGCGGCGCUGCAGGAAACGGACUAUGUCGGCUAAUAAAACAAAGAAAGUCAAAAUGGCUACUAAAUCUUGUCCUGAGUGCGACCAACAGAUCCCAGUUGCGUGCAAAUCCUGCCCGUGUGGGUAUGUGUUUAUUAGCAGAAAACUGCUAAAUGCCAAGUUAACGGAGCGCUCUCCAGCCAUAGCAGAGAAGCUGGACUUAAAACGUAGGAGGACAGAGCGCAUUCGCAGAGAGCGGAUCGACUCUCCUCUAACCAGUGACAUGGAGAACAGGAGAAGGUCCCGAGCCAACAGCCAGUCAGAUCCAAUCCGCAGGGGAAGGGGCAGACCAAAAACAGUGGGGCUGAAGAAACAGGAAGAGGAGAAAGAGAAACAAGAGAAGGAGGUGGAUAUUUACGCUGGUCUCUCUGAUGAGAAGGCCUUUGUGUUUUCUGUGGCCUUGGCUGAGAUCAACCGCAAGAUCCUGGGUCAGAAACUCAUCUUAUAAAUGAAACAAUGAAAAACUUGAGAAACCCAGCACACAGGACCUACUGUAGGAAAUCUUUUAAUGAGGACGACCAAAGAGGACAGAACUGGAUGGAGCUAAACUUUGACCUGGACGUGCUUCACUUGGAUAUUGAUGAAGACGAUGGAUUUUUUUUACAGGAUUCUAAACGUACUGUCAUCGAUUCCUGCUAUGUGCAGUACACAGCAUGUGUUUAAUACAAAUACGUAUAGACUCUGUCAGGUCACUUUAUUUAAGAUGAAUUUUUCCUCAUUGUGAGUGCUGAUGUUUAAAGUCAGAGAAAGCUGCAGUCAACUCACGGCAGUGUCCAUAUUUCCUGCAGUGAUACAGAAGUAUUUCUGAGACUGUGAGGUUUUGCCUAUGUAGUGAAUGAGUUGAUGACCACAGCAGAAUGCCAUAUAUAAUUGUAUAAUGUGAUGAUAUCACAAUAUACUGUAUGUAUUAUAAACACAACAUACAACCUGAAUAGGGCAGGCUGUCUGGGCUCAAACAUCAUUCCUUACAAAUAGUUUUUAAAUUGUCUCAUCUUAGUGUUUUUUAUUAAUUAAUUAAUUAUUAUUUAAUUAUUAUAUGGACUCAUCCUGAACAACCAAACAUUUAUUUGUUCACAGAAUGAACAGUUGACCAGAGACCAACAGUGGAAUAUUAUAUAUAUAUAUAUAUAUAUAUAUACAUUCAGCAAAAAUACAUUAAAAAAAACCGCAAGAAUUCCAUCUGCCAUGUUUUGUGUGGUUAUAACUGCUGAUCUGUUUAAUUCUCUACAAGUAUGGCUCAUCUCAAACCUAUUGAUAAAGUUUAUUGAAAGGGAUUUGACAGGUUUGUAGCUUAAAAAUAGUUCAGUGGCCAAUGGAUGCUUUGUAUUUUGCAAGAGACAUAACCACCCAGUUCUGGCUUUUUAGCUUAGUUUUAGAAAAUUCAUUUUUUACCAACAGCAGUUUUAAAUCUACUUUUUAGUCUGGCUUGCUUUCAGGUUUAGUUUCAUCUCAGGGAAAGGUAAGGUAAAAUAAACAGAACACACUCUCUGGUUCUGUGGGUCAAAUCCAGCUGGGGACAUGGAGAACUGUGAAUAAAAGAAAAAGUGAUACAACAACUCUAUCUACAAUCAAGCCAACCUCUGGAUGUAAAUUGGAAUCUAAAAUCUCUUAAAGAAGGAGCCUGAUAUGACUCAGAAAAGAAUGAUAUUGUUUUUGGGAAUGGAACAAUGUUACCCAGGCCACCCACCACUUUAUAAGCAGUCUAGUCAUCUACACAGGGCUUUGAGAAUUACUCAACUAAUAGUUUGUUUAAUUUUAAAAGAGAUUAUCCAUUUAGACCAAAUAUAACACACCACUUAGUUAUCCAUUCAGAGGAACGAUUAAAGACAAGAUCUGCAUGUCCCACAAUGUCAUCAUCUCAAAAAUGUUAAAACAUAAAUUCUUGUGAAUAGUAUUAUGUCUCUACAGCAGAAAGUAUUUUCACAUUUAAUCCCUUAAUGUAUCACAGGUCAUUAUUUGAACAUUUUUGUCAUGGUUUUUGUUCUAUAGGUAACAUGUAAACCACAACUGUAACUUUCUUUUGUUGAACACUUCAGUAAUAUGGUGAAUAUACUCUCACUUGGAGAUACUGUGGUCAAUAAAGUUUUCUUAAAAGAAA